ACACACGCGAAGCAUAUGUGAACGGGUACAGUUAAGGGCUGCAAGUGAUUAGCAAGGAAACGGGACACAAACACAGAAGGGGAAAUACGUUUCAAUCACGGAAUACGCUUCAACCAUAGCAGCGUGUUGUUCCCCCGCAGCAGCGUAAUCUGUCAUUAGAAAGAUUUUGGGGGUGGGGCGGAGGGCGGAGUCGAGAAGGGCACCGCCUCUGCUUUUGCAUCCUUGGGUGGCAGGAGACACGGUUGGUGGAUCGGGCUCCCCGCAGCAUGAUGGGAAAAUCCUUCUAGCAUCCGGCAUGGAGGUUGGGGUGAUGCCCGGCGCCGAGAAGCAUCUACCCAGGGGGAGCUGCCGCCCCAAGCAACGGCAAGGAGAUUGAGCCCGGCGGCCUUGUUUCGUGCACGGCUUGACGAUGGUAUCCCAAGCAGUGCAGCUGCUCCGGCAGGGAGUAUGGGCGGCGUUGACCGGAGGCUGGUACCACGAUCCGGAGCAAAGUAAAUUCACUAACAGCUGCCAUCUCUACCUCUGGCUAUUCUUGCUGCUUCUGCCCAUGGCGCUGCACUUGGCAUGCCCCCCCACUACCAUCACGGCUGUCAUCUACUGUGGUUCUGUGACCUUAUUUUUUAUGAUCAUAAAGGUGAUCACUUAUCGCCUGCACCUGAUGUUUGACGAAGGAGAGAUGAUUCAACAAAAAUUCCCUUGUAAGGAAGGGAAACAAAAUAAAAAAUGUAAAAGAGAUAAUGCAAUUCAGCAUAAAAAUCUCAGCAAUAACACGAGGGACAGUGGUGCAGAGGAGACCAAGCAUAAUGGGUCAACACCCACUAUCCACAGUAGCAUCAAAGGGCAGGCUACCCUCUCUCAUUACCCUUCGGGAAACCUGAAUCUGCCAGCUCAAGAAACCAUCGAAGAUCUGAAAGGAGUACUGGUUUCAGAAGAACAACCUGUCCCACCAGUAUUAUUGACCUCACCCUGCAUCAAAGCUGACAUUUUGCCUGCUUCUAUGACAAGUAUGCCAAGUUCUACUACACCAGCAAUAGUGGACAAGCCGAAUGCUAUGGAGACUGUUAUCAAUGGUGGAACAAAUGAAAAAGAAGAGAAGGCACAACCAUCUAACUAUAGUGGAGAAGAGGAUGCUCCUCUGGAUAAAGAUGUGGUUGUUAAAACAUUGCCAAAUCUUUCUUUGUCCCAGUGUGAUAUUUUAAAAACACGCAUUUCUUUUGAGCCUUGGAGUACAGACAGUCCUGUCCUCUUUUCGGAGAAUUUAAACGAUCUUACGUGUUUAAGGAAAGAGAAUUUAUUGGAUGGGUCAGCUCAAGACAGCACUGCAAGCGGUUUCCCUCAGUGCAAUUCUAUGGAAACGAAGAGAUUUGCAGAAAGAGAUUUGGAUGACUUAAAAGCAGAGUUUGAUGAAUCAGAAAGUGAGAUAACUGUUGCACUGGUGGACAGUUCUCAUUCUGGGGAUCCAUUCACGUUACAUGAACCCAUUAAAAUAGUUAUCACCAUGAGUAGCACCCAUAACUCAGCUACUGAUUUGGAGGGCUUACCUCACAUGAAAUUGUCGAACUCUAAAAAAUCUGGUUCAGAUCCAGAAUCUGCUGUGGCUGCAACAGUUCAAGAUAGUAAACAAAGCAACAAUCCAAUGAUAAUCCCUGUCAUUACUUUUGAUCUAUCUGAGGACAAUGGAGGCCAUGCUUUUCAAGAAGUAAGUGAAAGCUUAAGAACCCCAGAGAAUUUAAAUGUCAAUGCAUCGUCUAACCAAUGUUCCGGCUAUGAAUCUGGUGAACAAGACAAUAUUGGAAAGGAAAACAGUGACAAUCCCUCAAACAAUCCCUCAAGCCAUGAAGAAAUAAUUAUGUGUCCUGAAAAUGCUUCUGAAAUUCUAGAAGACCCAGAAGAAGGCCAGUGGAAUUUGGAAGUCCCCUUAUAUAAAACAGCUCAUGAGAAGAGACAUGCUCGUGUUCUCAGUGUGGAUAGUGGGACAGAUGUGUUUUUAAGUAAGAAUUCAUCAGAGACUGUUAGUGCAAAAGAAAAACUUAUGCCCACAUCAAAAUCCGACCUGGAAGCUAAAGAAGGGCAGAUACCAAAUGAAUCAAAUUUCUUGGAAUUUGUUUCACUGCUGGAAUCCAUCAACACUUCAAAGCCAACAGCACCAGAAUUGAAAGCAGAGCCUGCGAAAGAUAAAGGGCUUGCUGGAGAUGGCUUUUUAAGAGAGAAAAAAGAGGGUGCAUUGACAACAGGAAAAAAUUGUGCAGAAAAAGAAAAUCAUGGUUCCUGUAAACAGGAGAAAACCGAGAUGGAAACUCAGGAUUGUAUUAAUGUUAAUCCAGUGAUCCCAGAGUCAAUAAAGUUCACUGCCCAUUACCAGAGCACCAGACAACGACAGAUUAUUUAUCGGGUAACUUCACAGCCAGACAGUUCCCUCUUGCAAGUCAUAAGUGGGCCGGAAGCAUCUGUGCAAGAAGAGAUGUCCGUGGAUGCAAUGCACAUCUAUUCCUUCAUAGAUGGAAAUGGAGAAAUGAAGUCCUUGUACUUAAGGAGUCAAGCAGAAGGAAAUAUUGAAAAUUCGCCCAUCUAUGAUUACAUCUCCAAUCCACAUGAAAUCCAUUUUAGCUCCUCUAGUACAACUACCUCAGAGAUCCAAGAAGCAUCUUCUGGAGAUCAUGGGCGAAGGGCACGGCAACAGCAGUUCUUAUUGAUGCUGGCACGGGGAGCUCUUUCUGAAACCCACCGGCAUUUUAGUGAAGACCUUGAGGAUUCUUCAUGCUCAUCAGCUCAAAGAAAAAUUAAUAGACAGUUUUACAAAUUUAUUGUAUUUCCUGGCAAAUGGAUAAAAAUCUGGUAUAAUCGACUCACCUUGCUGACAUUGCUGGACAGGACAGAAGAUGUCAAGGAGAAUGUUUUGGCAGUUCUUCUAGUAAUCCUUGUUUCUUUUCUUGGCUUUCUAAUCAUGAACCAAGGUUUUUGUAAAGACAUUUGGGUGCUCCUGUUCUGUCUUAUUAUGGCAAGCUGUCAAUACUCUCUUCUAAAGAGUGUUCAGCCUGAUCCUGCCUCACCUAUACAUGGCCACAACCAGGUGAUAAUAUACAGCCGGCCUAUAUAUUUUAGCAUAUUGUGUGGCCUUAUUCUAUUGCUAGAUGCAGGAUCUAAAACCAGAAAUUCCUUCAUUUAUACAGUUUAUGACCUGAAGAUAUCACCUGAAUCAUUUCAGGUAAUCAGGGACCAUGUAAUAGGAUUUUUAUAUUGCUUUCCUGUGAUUUCUCUUCUUGGUCUUUUCCCACAAAUCAACACAUUCUGUAUAUAUCUCCUUGAACAGAUAGAUAUACUGGUGUUUGGUGGUUCUGCUGUUGCUGGACUGUACUCUUCAUUCUACAGUAUUUGUCGAAGCUUUAUUGCUGUAAUUGUCCUGUACACAUUCUGCUUCAAUGCAGUUAAGGAACCAUGGGAUGCUCAACAUAUUCCUGCACUGUUCUCUGCCUUUUGUGGACUUUUAGUGGCACUUUCUUAUCAUCUGAGCAGGCACAGCAGUGAUCCAUCUGUCUUAGUGUCUCUUAUUCACUGUAAAUAUUUUCCUCACCUUGUAAAGCAACAUUUUGAAGAACCACAAGUUGAUCCACUCCCUGAGAAAAUGAGAGAAUCAGUGAGGGAAACCUUGAGAUCAGAUCUCAUCGUGUGCUCUGUGGCUGCUGUGCUCUCCUUUGCAGUCAGCGCCAGUACCGUUUUCUUAUCAUUAGGGCAACUACUCAGCCUGGUGCUUUUCAUUUUUGCGUGGACUGUGGGAUUCAUAACACACUACAUACUUCCUCAACUUCGCAAACAUCAUCCAUGGAUGUGGAUAUCCCACCCUAUCCUUAAAAAUAAGGAAUAUCGGCAGAGAGAAUUAAGAGCUGCUGCUCAUUUAAUGUGGUUUGAGAGACUGUAUGUUUGGCUUCAGUGUUUUGAAAAGUACAUCUUGUAUCCAGCCAUAAUACUGAACUCCCUCACCAAUGAUGCUUUUUUAAUCAGCAAAAACAAGAGGAUUACCUCACACUGUGAUAUCUUUCUAAUUACAAUUGCGGGAAUGAAGCUACUGCGGUCCUCAUUUUGCAAUCCCAUUCAUCAGUUUGUUACAUUAAGUUUCACCGUCAUCUUCUUCAAGUUUGAUUACAAAGGUUUCUCCGACAACUUCUUAUUCAAUUUCUUCAUUAUGUCAAUUGUGUUCAAUAAGCUGUGGGAUCUACUACAGAAAUUACAGUUCAUAAUGACUUAUAUUGCUCCUUGGCAAAUUGCCUGGGGCUCAUCUUUCCAUGUGUUUGCUCAGCUCUUUGCAAUACCUCACUCUGCAAUGCUUUUCUGUCAGACUCUGGCUACUGCAAUCUUUUCUACUCCCUUGAGCCCAUUUCUAGGGAGUGUCAUUUUUCUCACAUCGUAUGCCAGACCAGUGAAGUUCUGGGAAAGAAGUUACAACACAAAAAGAGCGGACCAUUCCAACACAAGAUUGGUACUCCAGAUUGAAAAGGAUGCAGGAAAUGAUGAUAACCUGAACUCCAUCUUUUACGAGCACCUAACGAGAUCUCUGCAGGAAACCCUUUGUGGAGAUUUGAUUCUUGGACGCUGGGGAAACUACAGUUCCGGAGACUGCUUUAUUUUGGCAUCUGAUUACUUAAAUGCUUUUGUUCACUUGAUAGAAAUUGGAAAUGGUCUUGUCACAUUCCAGCUCAGGGGGCUAGAAUUUCGAGGGACUUACUGCCAGCAGAGGGAAGUGGAGGCUAUAACCGAAGGAGAUGAAGAUAAUGAAAAUUGCUGCUGUUGUAAAUCAGGCCACUUCCCUCACUUGCUCUCAAGCAAUGCAGCUUUCAACCUUCGAUGGCUGACCUGGGAAAUAACACGGACUCAGUACAUUCUAGAAGGGUACAAUAUUAUUGACAACAGCGCAGCCACCAUGCUGCAAGUAUUUGACCUGCGAAGGAUACUCAUUAGAUAUUACAUAAAGAGCAUUAUAUAUUUUACUGCAAGCUCCCCCAAAAUCCUAUCCUGGCUAAGAGAUGAAUCAUUCCAGAAGACACUGCAGCCAUUCUCCAAAUGGCAUUAUAUUGAGCGUGACCUUGCCAUGUUCAACAUUAACAUUGAUGAUGAUUAUGUCCCUUGCCUUCAAGGAAUCACCAGAGCAAGUUUCUGUAGUGUUUACUUAGAUUGGAUUCAGUUUUGUGCUGGGAAAAGAGUAGAGCCUGUAGAGUGUGAUGAAGAUUCUCCUUUAGUAACCCUUUCCUUUGCAUUGUGCAUUCUUGGUAGAAGAGCACUGGGAACAGCAUCACACAAUAUGGCCAUCAGCUUAGACUCCUUCCUCCACGGCCUCCAUGCCUUGUUCAAAGGAGAUUUUCGAAUUACAUCAAGAGAUGAAUGGGUAUUUGCAGAUAUGGACCUCUUGCACCAAGUCGUUGCUCCUGCAAUUAGAAUGUCAUUGAAACUACAUCAAGACCAAUUCACUUGUCCAGAUGAAUAUGAAGAUCCUGCUAUACUUUAUGAUGCAAUUCAGUCCUUUGAAGAGAAAGUUGUGAUUUGUCAUGAAGGGGAUCCUGCGUGGCGCAGUGCCAUCCUCUCAAACAAAGAAGAGCUCCUUACUUUUAGGCAUGUGGUAGAAGAAGGAACGGAUGAAUAUAAAGUUAUCAUGCUCCACAAAAGCUACUUAAGCUUCAAAGUAAUCAAGGUUAACAAGGAAUGUGUCAGAGGGCUCUGGGCAGGACAGCAACAGGAACUGAUUUUUUUACGCAAUCGUAACCCAGAACGAGGCAGCAUCCAAAACAAUAAACAGGUGUUGAGGAACCUGAUUAAUUCUUCAUGCGACCAGCCUCUGGGCUACCCCAUGUAUGUUUCUCCUUUGACCACAUCCUAUGUAGGCACUCACAGAGAGAUGAAAAAUCUCUGGGGUGGACCGAUAAGUCUCGACAGCAUCAAAGGAUGGUUCAGAAACAAGUGGCUUAGGAGCCCUUCCUUUCAGAAGUUGAAGCACAAUAGAGAUGCAUCCAUUCCUAUUGUAUUCUCAUUGCAUCUGGAUUGAACUGAGCAUCCUACAUAUUCAAUGAACAUGGCGCCUUCAUUAUAUUUAGCCAGUCGCUAAUUGAAAGAAAUUCACUGUAAUUAUAUAUAUACAGUUCUGUUAGAUAUAUAUUAUAUACAGUUUUGUCAGAACUAUAUAUAGCAUAUAUAUAGUUUCAGGUUUUCUGAAUUUUUGUAUAACAUUUCCACUGAACAUCAACAGCAAGUAAGAAAAGGAACCUGCGGUAUAAUAUGCUAGUGGCAAAGAUUUGUAAAACUUGACAAACAGAAAGGAGGCAAGUACAUUAUUGUAGAACAGUAUGUACCUCCAGAGGAAUAUUGUUUUUUUCAUCCUCUAUAGCUCCAUCUAUCACCAAAUACCAGCUAUUCUGCACCUUCCAAUAAUGUUGCAGUAUUUUAUCAUUUAGAUGGACUGAGAGUGAAUGCCAUGAUGCAGAAUCAUCUGUUACCACUCUGUUGACACUGAACCAAAUUCGCCUUUGACAAAUAACAAAGUAAUACAUUUCAUCAAAUGACCUGAAUUGCAGAAUUUGUAGAAUCUAUUCUACUUGCAGUGAAUUUCUCAAUUUACUAUGGAACUGGGUCAUAGGGUUAAUAAUGACAUAUGAAAUAGCCAGGCAAAUUUGUCACUUAAGAUUUUAUUUCCCAGCAUUUGAUUUUUCAGAAUUAAAAUAUCUAGACGAGUUGAAGAGUUUUGCAACUAUUCAGAAACAGAAAUAAAAGAGAUCCUAAAUGACCCAUGUUCUACAAACUAAGAACCAAAAUGGACCUCCCAACUUUUCCUGUGACUAUUUUCAGUGAGGAUAAUAACAACUUAAAAGAGAGGAGGAAAAAAUGCAGGCCUUAAACAUCUUUAUUCCCUAUGCUAACAUUCUAGUUAUAUUCUGAACAUGGCAGCGUAUCUUUUUUAAAAAAAUAGAUUGUCCUGGUAUGGGACUUCUACAUCACACAUAUUAAUAGUGCAGAUCAUAGCAUGGGAUCUAGAGCAGAAACUGGAGAUCUGGGAUCCAUCAAAUAUUGCUGAAAAACAACUAUCUUAACCCUAACAUUUGCCACCAAUGAUGCUGACUGGAGCUGUUUGGGACUGACAAUUGUAAUUCAGCAAUAUUUGGAGGUCCCACAUACAAUUAGAAUGUGAGGCUAAGGUCAUGUUCAAAUUUCCACUCAGCCAUGCAGCUUAUUGUUUUUCAUCCACUUACAUAUUUUAAUCUAAACUAGCUCUGAAAAUAAAAUGAGGAAGGGAACGACUAGAUAGUGAGCUGCUUAGAAAUAGGAUCAAAGAAAAAUGUAGGGGGGAAACAUUGUCAGGAGGUAUGUCCCAAGUGCAAAUUCCAUUACCACUGCAUUUCAACACUGUUUUUGAUAUGAAAUAUUUCACUCAUACCCAGUGGAAUAUUGAAUGUGCAACUUGCACAGCUCAUUGUUGUUAUUGGCCAAAAUAUUAUAUGUUUCAUAUGAGCCCAGUAUGAAAGCUGAUAGAGAUAUGUCGAUGAACAUCUGUCUUUCCCAUAAUUUGCCAAAGAAAUGUAAAGCAAUUCUGAGAGUAAAACUUUCUAUUAUAUUUUUCAAAGAACGGUCUUUCUGGUCCAGCACUGUGUUCCCACUGUGGAAAACAAAGACAUUAGAAGCAAAG